UGUAUCAGUUUUGUGCAUUUGUUGCUUUGUAGCUGAAGCAAGUAUUUUGAAGCCACUCUUUAAUUCAGUGACUUAUCAUUACCACGCAUCUCAAAUGCAGUAACUACAAAACGAAACAGGAAGUGAAUGUACAUCUUAAUCUUAACAUGUUUAAGUGGUUUAGUGGUUUAGUUUUAAAUGUACAUAUUUUAUUGAUAAUUUCAAGAUGGCGGGGGACAGUUGUGUCGUGAUUGCGCUGGAUUUUGGAUCUACUUAUAUUGGUUAUGCUUUUUCUCAUGAUAAAGAAUGUCGUGAAAUAUUCACUGCAUCAUCGGAUGGUUAUAAAGAACGGAUUCCAAAUGCUGUACUUCUGAAUACGAAUAAAGAUCUCGAUUGUAUUGGAGAAGCAGCAAAGCGAAAAUAUGCGGAUAUGACAGAAAAUGGGACACAUCGUACGUGGUUUUAUUUUGAGUGGUACAAAACUGUGCUCCAUAAAACUGAAAAUUUAACACGAGACCUGGAGGUAUUUGAUAGUCAAGGGAGACCAAUAUCUGGAAUGUUACUUUUCGGAAUGGUAAUACAAUACAUGAAACGACAAGCUGAAAAUCAAAUAGUUCAAGCGCUUGUUGGAAUCCAAAUCGAGAAGAUAAAGUGGGUACUUACAGUGCCCGCUAUUUGGUCGGAUUCUGCUAAACAGUUCAUGCGAGAAGCAGCAUACAGAGCAGGUAUUGAUGCGGAAAAUCUUAAACUUGUAUUAGAACCAGAAGCUGCAGCAGCACAUUGUCUAAAUAAGCCAAUGUGUGUGGUGGUCAAACAGUCAGGAGGCACACAAUAUGAGAAGUUUCAUCCUGGUCAAAAAUACAUUCUUGCGGACCUUGGGGGAGGAACCGUUGACAUAUGUAUACAUGAGGUUAUAGAAGGGGACAAAGUGCGUGAGAUUCACAGAGCUAUUGGUGACAUUACCGGUGGAAAUGAUGUCAAUAUCUCGUUCGAACAGCUCUUUGUAAAACUAUUUGGUGCACCAACCUGGAUGAAAUUUAAAACUGAAUAUAUGGACGAAUAUGUAGAUUUAAUGAGCAAUUUUGAGACAAAGAAAAGGGAAUUUGAAGCAUCAUCACUAGAUACAGAUGAAACCAUUAUCAGAAUACCAGUUGGUCUACAAGAUGCUAUACGAGAAGAAUACAAUGCUUCCUUCGCUGAUGUCUUGCAAGAUACAACAUAUGUGGAUAGGAUUCAUUAUAGAAGAAACAAAAUGAUACUAAAACAUUCUGUGAUGGAGGAACUGUUUCAAAGAACUGUUCAGAGUAUCAUGGAAAAGUUGCAGAAUCUCCUACAAGAUAUGGUCGCAAUUGGAGAGUUUAUUUCAGUUUUAGUUAUGGUAGGUGGAUUUUCCGAGUCAAAGUAUGUCCGACAAAGAAUGCAAGCAGAAAUGCAAGGAGUCCGUGUUAUAUACCCACCUGAAGGAAGCCUCGCUGUGAUGAAAGGUGCUGUAAAAAUGGGUUUCCGAAGACAAAAUCCAGUUAUUAAAGAACGCAGGGCUCAGUUUAAUUACGGAUUUAAAUUGUUAGUCUAA